AUGGCUAUUAAGAUAGAUAGAUAUAACUGUGAAGCCUUAGUUAAUAAGGGUAAUUGCUUAUUCGUGUGUAAUGAAUUAUAUAGAGCUAAGGAGUUAUAUUUGGAAGCUAUAGGAGUUGCUUCUUAUUGUCUAGAAGCUAUCUAUAAUCUAGGAUUAGUAUGUAAACAAGCAUGUGAAUAUAAUGAGGCAUUGAUAGCAUUCACCAAGUUACAAGAAAUAACAAAAAAUAAUUGUGAUGUAUUAUGGCAACUUGGAGAUAUAUAUCAUAAGAUAAGUAAUUAUAAAAAGGCUCAUGAAUAUUUAUCACUUAUCUUAACACAAGGAAUGGCGAGAGGCAGACCUAAUGACCCGACUGUAUUAGCUCGUAUUGGAGAGUUAUAUGAGAUAGAAGGUAAUGAAGUAGAAGCCUAUCAUAACUAUAUGGAAAGCUAUCGUAAUUGGCCAUUGGACUUAACUGUUAUUACAUGGCUUGGAGUUUAUUAUGUUAAAAAGGAUUUGUUUGAAUCAGCUAUACCUUUAUUCAAAAGGGCUAGUGAUAUAUCCCCAUCAGAGCCUAAAUGGAUGCUUAUGAUAGCUAGUUGUUAUCGUAGAAUGGGUAAUCAACAAAAGGCUUAUAAUAUGUACGAACAUAUAUAUCGUAGAUUCCCGCAUAAUAUUGAACCAUUAAGGUACUUGGUAUCAAUAUGUAAAGAUAUGGGUAAUAAUACAGCUUAUGAACAAUAUAUGAAGAUUCUUAAUAAACUACAACAUCAUCAUAAUAAGGAUGAGGAUGAGCAGUGUAAUAGGUUAGAUAAGAGUGAGGAGAAUGAUGAUGAAACAGUAGUUA